CUGGUGUUUACCGGCAGAUGGCCCUGUAAGGAGGACUAAAAAGAUUUGACAGUUGUUAAAGACCAAAAUGAGGUUAGGUCUGACGCUUGUUCGUAGAGCAAAUUACCGAAGAUGCCUCCCAAAUACACGAUGGUAUUCGGAAAAACAAACUCCCACACUUGGCACAACCAUCAAACCUGACCCACAUACAGCUCAACAUGAUUACAUCGGCGCUCCAGGCAAGGAUUCGAAUAUUCGCCCGAUUAUUCGACACAUUCCUCCCAAUGAAACUCCACUAGGGAAACGGUUGCGAGAAAGACGAUUGGAGGUGGAAUCGUGGAAUCAAGACUUCUGGUCACGCCAUAAUCAACGAUUUUAUGAGGAAAAGGAAAUAUUCAUCAAAGCAUACAAAGCCAAAGGGAUCGACGAUAUUUCCGGUGAUAAAAUGAGCGUGUUCUACAAACACUUUCUAGACAAGAACAGGAAGAUUCACAUUUUCUACAAUAUUUCUUGGUAUGCCAAGAAUUUGGAUUUACUACUCUUGUCCGCGCAAUACGGCGUCCAGAAUUUGUGGAGAAAAUUGAGAAGAACGAAUUCGACCUAAAUUGCUUUAGAAGUUAUGAAUGAAUAAAUAUUUAUUAGAACGGCUCAUAACCUG